AACAUAAGACCCAUAUUUCUCUCCACAAGAAGAUGAUUGCUCUCAAAACCAUAUUUCUCCCUUCUUUCUAUCUUUCUACCAACACCUCCACUUUUACUACUCUGCACCACCCUCACAGCACAGCAAGAAGAAGUUCUGUGUUUCUGUGUCUCUGCAGCCCCACCAACAACUCCAAUGAUGAAUCUGAUAGUAAUUCAAAGCCUGAAGGUGAUGUUCAAAGCCAAGAGUUAUUGGCUCAAAUUGCAAUGAUUCAGACACAAAAAGUUCGUCUUACGGAUUUUUUGGAUGAGAGAUCUGAAUAUUUGACACAGUUUGGUGAAGAAGCUAAGGCUGAGAUUGAUAAGAUUGGUGAAGAUGCUCUUCAAGGAUUGGAUGAAGCUAGUGAUAGAAUAACGGCAAACAUAGAAAGUCAGAUGCUAGCAUUUGAGGAAUUUAAUGAACUAAACAAACAAGAGAUUGAGGAGAGUGAAAGCAAAGUAAUGGAAAUCGAAGGUCAAAUGGAAGUUGACAGAAAUGAAGGAAUGUUCUUCAAGAGCUUAGGACAGAAAGGGUCUAAUGUUGAUAAAGCAAAAGCUAAACAAGAAGUGGAAAAAAUGAAAGAUGAAACAAAAGAGAAAAAUGGAAGAAAAACAAUGAAAAAUGUUUCCUUAUUCUUCAUUGGACUUUUGACUUAUGGAAUAGUUGGUUCUAUUAAUUUCUCAUCUUUAAGUAGUACUGAUUGGAAAAGAGUUGUAGUUCUUGGUGCUAUUCUUGUGGCUUUGUUUUCUCAGUUCAUUUAUGAACAAAAUAAAGAUAACAAUCAGAAAGAUGAUGAACAAUGAAGAGGAAGAAAAGAAAGAACUCAAGCAUGUCUUCUAUUUUUUGUAUCAGAUUAGAAGUUUUAGUUUCUGAGGAAAAUUAUUUGUAAAUGUUUAAUCUUAUAAAUAUCACAGACACUUCUCGACUUUGAUACAAUACCAACCGAUAUGGUUAGUAAUCAGUGUCGAAAUACAUUCAUGAAAUUUCCGGCAAUAAUUAUAGCGAAUACUUAAACAAAUAGCAAAGUAAAUGACAUAUGAGUUUUCUUGAUGAUUAAGGAAUAAUAUGCAUUUUCUUGAAGGUAAAUUGUAUGCAAGAAGGAAAGAUAUGAGCUUCUCAUACCAUUUUCUGUUGGCUUGCUUGAGGUCAUAUAAUGAUUUUAUGAGUUUCCAGACUUGGUUAGGUUUGGAAAGGGUGGUGUCAGGCGGAGUGGCUAUAUAUACAUCUUCUUGAGUGAAUGGUGGAGUGAUAUUCGGUUCAACUUUGAUGGAGGAAUUGAGAAAUUCAGGGUUCUAUGCAAGAAGAAUUUGUGUGGCUUUAGUUGGAUAGAUUUUCCAAUUAUUGGUGGGGGAGGUAUGGUUUGUGUAAAAAGGGAUUAAAUGUUCAUAUAAUGAGAUAUCUUUUGACAUAUCAUACAAUGUAUUAUAUGAAUAGAAAGGUGUCCUAGCAUCAAAUUCCAAAUAGAUGUUUGAGGGAUAUGAUGGUUUUGAAGAGCAGUCUUUGUGGUAUUGGCAAGUUUGAGGCCAUGU